ACAGAACCCUCGGGUGAUGAACUCGAUCUGAAUAAGUCAAGUUUAGAAUGUGCGUCAGGACAAUAACCAACGGUAUAAAAAGCGACAAACUUUGUGAAAAUGAUAUCAGUUACUCGAAGCUAAUCAACAAACAAACAUGAAAUUGUUCGUCAUCGCCGCUGUCUUGGCCGUCGCCGCCGCCGCUCCUUCGAGUUACGCAACGUACGAGAAGACGUACGAGAAGGACUACAAAUAUCCCGAGAUUACCGUCACCAGCCAAUCGGACGAGCGCAACUUGGACGGCAGCAGCAAGUGGAGCUACGCCCAGUCGGACUACACGACCCGCGAUGAGACCCAGGAGCAGAAAAAAUUCGUCGUGACCACCGUCGAUGAUUACGGCAAAGAAUACACCGAGGAGGUUUACGGAAAUACCAACAAGGGAUCUUCCUACUGGGUCUCCCCUGAAGGCGAGAAAUUCACUUUGACCUGGGCCGCUGAUAACGCCGGAUUCCAGCCCAAGGGUGACCACUUGCCCGUCGCUCCCGUCCACGUCUACGAGCUCCCGGUGGCUCCCGUUCACGAGUACGUCCUGCCCGUCGCCCCCGUCCACGAAUACGAACUCCCCGUCGCUCCCGUCCACAUUCCAUUCAACGGAAAGGGAUACAAGAUCUACUAAAUAUUUAAUUUAAUUUGCUAAAUAAUUCUAAAUUAUUUGUAAUGUCUUGUGCUGUGUGGAAUGAUGAAUCAUGAACGAUUGAUGUAAAUAAAUACAACAGAAGAUCUUA